CGAAAUCUCAAGGUUUGAAGUGUAUCAUGAAGUAUUCUUUACAUGACUAUAAUUGAAUUCAUAAAUCUGUGACCAAAUACAUUAAUUAUACUUUUAUGUUUCGGUUAUGUAAUGCCAAUAAGCAGCGAUAGAGCGACGCGGAUAAAAACAAUUGCCUUUGAUAUAAAAGGCAUAAAAGCAAGAUCAACGGAAGGUCACAAAAAUAUUCAGGAGAACAAUCAUUUCCUGACAAUUGCACCGGCUUUACCAAUUUUACCCGGAGCACCUGUACCACUAAAACUAUCCAAACGUUGUUAUAAUUCAUUUAGCCCAGCAGAUUCUUCGUUUAACAUAGAACAUGCCAAAGUUGAGAAUUCCAAUACAAUUACAUUACAAUGGACAAGCGAAGGGAAAACUAUUGUUGCUACAAGAACAGCUGCAGAGAAAGAAAAAAAUCCAGAUAGAAUAUCUCUUGAUAGACGGGGCCUUACUACAUUUCCAAAUAUAGUUGAAGAACCACGAUUACGUUUAUUGUCCCUCCAACAUAAUCUUCUUACAAACAUCGAGAACUGCAACUUGUCUCAUUUAACAAAAUUAGUAUUUCUUGAUUUGUAUGAUAAUCAAAUUGAAAAAAUUUGUAAUUUUGAUUUGUUAGAAAAUCUAAGAGUAUUACUGAUUGGAAAAAAUAGAAUAAAAAAGAUCGAAGGCCUGAAACAACUUUCCAAAUUAGAAGUGUUAGAUCUCCAUGGAAAUCAGAUUCUACAAAUAUCAGAUUUACAUAAUUUGGCAUCUUUGAAAGUGCUUAACUUAGCUGGGAAUAAUAUUAAAGUAAUAGGCUAUCAUGACUUCCAAGGUUUAACUUUGCUGAAAGAGUUAAACCUUAGACGUAAUAAAGUCAAAAAAUUAUUAGGUUUCGGCGAAAUACCGCAAUUACAAAAAUUAUAUUUAAGUAAUAAUGAUAUUCAAAAAAUCGAAGAUAUAGGUAGCAUUGCAAAAGCGUUGCACCUCAGAGAAAUAACAAUCGAUGGAAAUCCCAUAACGUUGAAUGGAGAUUAUGUUUCCUUCUUUGUGUCAUAUUUACCAAAUUUACAAUUUUUAUCUACUAUGCAAAUUACCGAACAAAUUCGAAGAACGGCUAUGGCCUGGAGAACAACUAAGGAACAAAGUAAUUCUACUUUUUUAAACCUUAGUGCGCAAGUUUGUAUGAAUGCCCGACGGGAAGAAGUAAUAUCGAAUGCGAAAAUAAAUUGGGAGCUUCUUAGAUGUCAUUCUAAAUCCUCUCCAGAUAACAAUGGAAAUAAUAUACGAAGAAGUAAUGUUAAUCCAUUGCAAAUUCAAAAAUCAAGCAAAUUUAACGCAUUGAAGCAUAAAAACUUAGAGAAAGUGAAAACACAAGGUUUUGGAAGUUUGACUUCUAUAAAUGAAAACAUUGAAGCAACAAAAAUAAAUAUAAAAAAAAGAAGUAAUUCUAGCGAUAAUUUAUUUCGAUUAAAAGAUGCAACUAAACCAUGUCCAUUAGAGUUUAAACUCCCACCUAUUUUGGGUUCUAUCGUAGAUAAUUUAAUUAAUAACAAAUUUGCUGAAAAAGUAGGUAAAAAUAGUAAAGGCUUGACAACAACAAAAUCUAACAGUGAUGCUGACAGUGCAUCAAGCAGCGAUUCAGAAAGUUUAGAAAGCCAUGCAAAUCUGAAAAGUUGUUUGAAAUCUCAUAUGCUAAACUCGAAUAACUAUAUUUCUCCUCGUAAUAUUAAUAAUCUUGUUACUAGUAAAAUAUUUAGUUGUCUCGACGGUUCUUCGCCCACAUCAGAAACUGCCACUAACGAAUCGGAAGAUAAUAAAAAUUUUACAGUUUUUAAAUCUUCCGAAGUAUUAAUAAACGAUGAUAAAUAUUUAACAGAAGAUUCUCAAAAUAUAAAGUUGCAUGAUCAGCAAAGUCUAAGCGAUUGCCACUCAAAAUCGAGUGUUGGUUCCUCUGGAUAUUGUUCUUUAAGUUCUAAAACUAACAGCAUGGAUAGUUGUAAAUCAGUGAUGAGCGAUUUCAGUACAUUGUCUGUUACUAAAAAUGUAUCGUUAAAGUGUAAAAAUUCUGAGAAAGAUAAGAAUAGGGUAAAGAGUGCUCAGGUAAAGAAAAUAGUGAGUUAUAAAAGUAAUAGGGCAGCAACUGCUAGAGCUAAAUAUAGAGGUUUAACACCACAAAGUCCACCUCCGUUGCAAAAUCCACCAAAGGAAAGAGAACAAGGAGGAGAUUACUUAAUAGAAAUAGUUGGUCGAUGCUUGAACGUUUACGGGCAAGGUGCAUUACGUUUUAUUGACAGACCAUGGGACUCUUCAAAAGCUGAAGAUGUUAAUGUAGUUAAAUUUAAUUAUGUACAAUUCAACGAUGUGGCCAAAGUUUUAUGUAAAAUAAAAAAUAGAUUUUCGAACAUAGAACAUUUUCUGUUUAAAGAAACUAAUAUCAGUUACCUUGGACAGCUUAAUGCUUUAGCUGAAGUACAGGGAUUAACAAGUAUUCACAUAGAAACAGGAAACCCAAUUGUAUCAAAGGAUUGGAAAGUGUAUGCUAUAUUUCGUUUAGCUCAUUGGGGAUUGAAAAUUAUUAAUGGAAAAGAAAUUACAAGCGAAGAAAUUGACUUCGCGAAUAAAGAAUAUGCUGGUCUCGUCGAUAUCGUAAUGUGCUCACUGCCAGAGUCUUUGUUACAACCUUUAUUACAGAGACUUCAUUUAGAAAAAAUGCAAAGGCAAAAUGGAGAACAGAUUACUGCUAAACAGUUCUUACUUAACAGUGAUCCAGCCCUCAGAAGUGUUGUUGCCAAAGAGGCAUUACAAUGGAGAAAAGGAAGUAUAACACAGGAAGACCUUAUUUGGAGGCACAAGGGAAAAGUACAUUUGUUAAAUCUGAUCAAUCGUACUGUAGAUGCGAUACAAAAAUUGCAGUUACUUGAAAAUAAAUGGCCAAAUAUUUUAUGUGAAAUAAUUCACACCACUUUAUCGGAUUUUUCCGAGAUGGACGAAUACAUGAAACGUUGCAGUGAAACACUUAAAAGUGAUAAAUGAUAAACAGA